UUCACAAAAUCUCUCACUGCGUUCCCCUUCACCGGCCCUUGUCCUUUCCGUUUCCCGCUUCUCCCAACGGCAUGGCUGGCUCGGGCAGCUCUCCGCACGCCGACGAACCCAAUUGCGGCGGCGGUGGGGCGACUCAGCAAGACUUCCAUGGGCACUCCACGGCGGCCUCCCCUCUCAGCACUAACCCUUCUGGUCAGGCCCCGAGGACCUCGGUCGUCGCCGACGAGGCUGCCGCCUCGUCUUCCGCCUGCGCAUCUGACAAAGACGACGAGCCCACGGAAAGGGAUAAGAACGCCGCCGAAGCCGCCGUCUCCUUCUUGGGACCGCAGAGUUCGAGCCCCACGGGAGCGUCCUCCCCCUCCUCCUCCUGCAGCGACUUCAGCGGGGGCGCCUCGACCUCGAGCUCUCUGGACGCCUACGAACAGAUUCUAGAGUCUUCUUUCUGGUGGAACGAGUACGAGACUUGUGAUGAUAUGAGGGCUUAUUUUGGAAGAGUUGAGUAUGAGAUGCUUUUGGCCAAUUACUGUGUAUAUCGGGAAAUAUGUCCAGAUGGGAACUGCUUUUACAGAUCUUUCAUAUUCUCGUAUCUGGAGCAGCUGGAAGCAUCUCCUAACGAGGAACUACGUUUAUUUGGUGUACUUGAACCAAUGUGGGAGAAGUUUCAAAGUCUUCAUUGGUUUGAUUCAUAUUCUGAUCUUCAUAUUGCUUUUGUGUGCUUCAUACUGGAAUGUGUGGAACAAAAAAAAAGAACUCUCAGCAAGUGCCUAUCAAAACUGGCUUUUUCAGGAGAGUCAAAAUGAGCAGAAGUUUGCCAACAUUCUCUCGUAUCUUCGACUCAUCACAACUAUUGAGAUAUGUACCAAGGCUCAAACGUAUAAGCCAUUCAUAGAUGACACCGAUUAGAAGCUUAAUCUAGUAGAGUACUGCAGGGAGAAUGUUAUCCCAAUGAAAGAAGAGGUGGAACACAUCAAUCUAUUUGCGCUCACGAGUGUCCUGCAGGUGCCCCUCCAAAUUGUGAACAUUUACGAUAAACGGACUGAGCCUAACACCCUCAUCAUCUACGAGUCACCUGAUUCUUCGGUUCCUACUGUGACACUACUGUAUAGACCAGGGCAUUAUGAUAUUAUCUACAAGAAGUAAUAACUGUAGACUGUAGUAACAGAUAUUAUAUGACAUUUCGCAGGAGUGUUGCUGGCCGUGUGACGGUGUGAGGAUAAACUCUAUACAUGUAAAUUACUGUUGUUGUGGACAUCAGCUGUAAAUAUGCACUAUCACUGUUUUCCUUCCUUAUAUGUGUGUGAUGAAAAAUUCUACAGGAAAUUGCAUUAGUAUUGGUGUA